AUGCCUGAAGUCGUGGUCGAGCUGGUCAAACGUGCUGUUCUGCGAAGGAGUAAGCUGCCAGAUAUCUUUGGCAAUGUCUGGGAACAUGAGAGAUAUCUUAUAGAGUGUCUUGAUCACAGCAAGAGAUUCAAGAUCACUGCCGUCUGCGGCUCAUGUGGGCAUAAGCACCACUAUCUCUGCGACAGUCUGAUCCCGGAUGAGUCAGAAUUUGUUUUGGGCUGUCCAUUAUGCAACACAACUGCUCAUAACUGGGAUGACUGCAAGCGCUCUGGAGAGCUCGGUUGGGUGCACCAGUACGAGAUCGUGUUCUACCGCUGCAUCAACAUGCCCCCCAUCCGCUCCCGGAAGCCUUGGAUCAUGUGGGAGAAGGAAAUAAUUGAUCAGGGGCUCUCAUCUUGGGACCUUCAGGGAGUGUAUCCUUGGACUUUGGCUUUUGUCGAGGAAUUGAAGCAGUCGGAGCGUUUCUGGGUUAACUUCGACCACAAGCUUUGGAAGAAGGAGAGAGAAAAGUUGUCCAAGGAUCCGGCAACACACCGCUACAGUGCUGAGCAGUUCAUCGACUACGCCCCAUUGUUAGAGGAAAGGAGUGCCUCCAGUGAGGAUAAUAUCCGCAACAGCAGAAACACGUUGCAGAUCGGUUUUAAUGCGGCGGUCCACAACACCCAGACGUCGCAGGACGUUGCGAACGCGGUCGCCACGUCCCCGUUGGCUCCAAACGAGAACAAGUCAAAGGGCACACUGGUGUCUCCGUCCGGUGCCACGGAUCUUGACGUCGCGUAG